AUGGCGGAAAAAAUCACCGAGGACCAGGUCAACGACCUGUUGAAGAUCCUCCGCACCGAUGCCAGCGUCGACCACAAGGUCCAGCACGUCACCGGUAUCAAGUCCGGCAUCAAGCAGCACAAUGUACCCGAUGCCCUCGUCCCUCAAAUCUUCGAUGGCCUCCGCACCGCCUCUGCCUCGCCGCACGCCGUCCUCAUCAACGCCGGCUUCACAGCCCUCAACCACCUGUUGACAAGGCUGUCGAGGCAGGAGCCAAAGUAUAUCGCCAAGGAGGCGAAGCACACGCUCCCGUUGGUCAUUGACAAGCUGGGGGAUACCAAGGACAAGUUCAGAAGCCUUGCGUCGCAGGCCCUGACUACCAUGUACGCGGCCGCGCCCAUGGAUGUCGAGCGCUCGGUGCGAAACGUUGCCAUGGUUGGAAAAAACCCGAGGGCCAAGGAAGCUGGAAUGCAUUGGCUAUUGUAUAUGCACCAGGAACACGGUGUUCAAUUUCGUGCAUACGUCCCAACUCUCAUGGAACUACUCGAGGACGCCGAUGGCAUGGUGCGUGACGUCGCUAAGGGCACCGUCAUCGAGCUGUUCAGACAUGCCCCCAACACAGCCAAGUCCGACCUGAAGAGGCAACUGAAGAACUUCAACGUUCGCCCCGCGAUCGAGCAAGCUAUCGUCAAGGAGCUCGCGCCGAACACAGCUGAACGGCCGAAGACGCCAGGCUUGGAAGCUGCCGCCCUCGUCGCCGCCCCCAAACCGAAGCUCGCCGCAAGUGUAUCGUCUGUCUCGAGCGAACGCCCCAUCACGCCAGCGCCAGAGGCUCGCAGUGAGGUGGAUCCUGCAUACGUCAACACCCAGCGCGAACUUGACGACAUCUUUAGGGAAAUGAUGACGUACUUUGAGGGAAAAGAGACUGAGCAGAAUUGGUUGAAGCGCGAAGAGAGCAUGACCAAACUGCGAAAGCUCAUUGCUGGCAACAUUCCCCAAGACUUCCCCGACACCUUCUUGCUAGGCCUGAAGGGACUCUUGGACGGAAUUAUCAAGGCCAUUACCUCUCUGCGAACCAGUCUUUCCAAAGAAGGCUGUAACUUGGUCCAGGAUAUUGCGACAACUUUCGGCCCCGGCAUGGAUCCUUUGGUGGAGCUUCUUAUGCAGACUUUCAUCAAGCUUGCUGCGGCGACCAAGAAGAUUGCUUCCCAGCAGGCAAACACCACGGUCGACAUCAUCAUCGGCAAGGUCACGUACAACUCUCGAAUCAUGCAGCAUAUCUGGGGCGCAUGCCAGGACAAGAACGUUCAGCCGAGGACGUACGCUACAGGCUGGCUCAAGACAAUACUAAACAAGGAGGCUCAUCACAAGAGUCACAUCGAACACGGUGGUGGUUUGGAGCUGGUAGAGAAGUGUAUCAAAAAAGGCCUCAACGACGCGAACCCCGGGGUCAGAGAACGUAUGCGUGCUACCUACUGGGUGUUUGCCAAAGUUUGGCCUGCGAGGGCAGACAUGCUCAGAGACACUCUCGAACCAACAGCUCAGAAGCUUCUGGAUAAGGACCCCAACAAUCCUAACGCCCCUAAGAGGGAAGUCGACAGCGGCCGCGCCAGACCGGGCCUCGGUUUGUCUAAGAGUACAAUGAGCAGCAGCAAGCCAAGCUUACGGGAAACCAUGAUGGCCCAGAAGAAGGCGACGAUGGCAGCGUCCCGAAACCUGCCUCCUCGGCCGGGAUCUGCGAUGGCUAACCUUUCUCCGGUCCGGCCACAACAGCCAGCACUAAGCUCGUCCUCAACUGGCCUAGCACCCUCAUCGAAACCAACAGCAUCUGGUGGAAUGUCUGUUCGGCCGAUGAGACCCACCAAGAAGCGCCCGGAAAUGGCUGCAAGACCAGCAACGGCCGGCCCCUACUCCGUGCGGACACACGAUGGACCUUCCACUGAGGCAUCGAGUCCCGAGGGCCUCAAGUCGAAGAUUGUCACACCAAAGUCAAAAACCGAGCCGUCUCCACGAAGGGCGGCUAGUAGACCGCGCGCCGCGACAUCUCACGCUAAUGGCCCAAAUGUUGCAUCGCCCAGCGCUGCCAAAUCGACGCUCUCCAAGUCGGUGUCCUCGCCUCGUGCCUCACCCCGGUCUAGUCCCGCAAAGCCCAAGAUGUCACAGACUGCGGUACCCUCAAGCAGCCCAUCCAGAGACAACGAAGAUCUCACAUUGGUUGUGCCAAGUCUCGCGAGCCUGAAGUCCCCUCCCAAAGAUGCCCCUGCGGAAGUGCCGCUGCGAGCCGCAGUGGAAGCGCCGGCAAAAGCACCAGCAGAUGUGCCAGUAGAUGUCCCAGCAGAAGCAACGGCGGAUGUUUCUGUAGAGAUACCCUUGCCAAGAGCCGAGCCUGAACUGGAACUUAUGCCUAAGCCUGCCGAGCAGCCUCUCCCAGAGCCCGAGGCCGAGGCACAGCAGGACGUGCCACAGGAAGCGCCAGCAGAAGUAGCUGCAGAGCCGACCGAGAAACCAUCGGCUCCCGUGACUCCUGUCAAGGAAGAAGUGGCCGAGCCGGAACCUGCGCCUCCCAAUGGGCUCAGAGUGUUCGAAGAUCCCUUCGUGGACGAGGAAACGACUGCAAACUCUAGCAUCGCCAUUUCUGUGUUGGAGGAUAAGCCUGUGAACGAGGUCGCUGCGCCACCAACCAAUGGCUGCUUCGAGACGAACGGCACCCCUGAGACCCCUGAGAAGGCUCGUCAAACUUCGAGAUUGCUCGAUAGUGGUGUGACCAGAGUCAAAGCGAAGUCUCUCGAUGUGCAUGGCUUCAGAAAGCUGCAAUCCAUUAUCAGGGACAACAAGGCCGUUUUCACGGAUGAGAAAUUUGAAGCUCUCCUCCGCGGGCUAUUUGAGUACCUCGAGUCGCCCCUAGAGAACCUUGCGCCGGAAAGGGUUCAAGAUGUCAAAGCUCAGAUCCUCGCGACGAUCAAGCUCCUGCUCAAGAAGGAGCGAGACAACUUCCAGCCCCAUGUCUCACGAGGACUCGAGUCUCUUGUAGCAACGCGCAGCGCUUACGACGCACGCACCCGCAUUGUCAGCGGGCUUGAGCUACUCGCCGAAGAGCUCGUGGCCCUGGGUGACCCCCCUGAGAUUGUCGUUGUGAUGACCAAGCUUCUGCAAAGCAAGCAGGAUACAUCGAUCGAGGGCAGUCGCUGCCUCGCCACAGGCCUGCACGUGCUCAAGGAGCUACUCGACAAGCGCACUGGUUUCACGCCCUCGGAGAGCGAGCUCGCGCAACUGGGUGGACUUGCUGGCCGAUGCCUCGAAUCGACCGAUUCUGGCGUCCGCAUGGGUGCUGUGCAGCUCUGCGUGGCAUUGCACUCGCGCAUCGGCGAUGGACCGUUCUGGGAGCUCAUCAAAGGCGCCAAAGACGACCCAAAGAACCUCAUCACUUACUACAUUGCGAAGCAGCAGCGGGAGAGCAGCGCCGUUGCCGCCUAG